CCCCCCAGAACAGUGACCAGAUUCCUUUAAAAUUGGAUGUCCCGUCCAAAACCGGACAGUUGGCACCCCUAUCACAACGCAGGCACUACCUCCUUCUCUGUUCGGCUCCUAGCAACAUCUAUCUUUACAGUAAUGUGCUGAAAAUAAUUGUAUAGCAAGAUAUAUUAAAUUGUGUACCUAUAGAAAGCUGAAAUUGAGCUGCUCAUCGUGUGAUGUCAAUCUGUCCAGCUGUUUUGUUGUUUUAGCAACAGCAAUUGCUAAUUAAAGGCACAGCAGUCUGUCACAAAUUUGCACCACUGUCUCAAAGCCAGUGGUGGCCCUUCAGUGACGUUAGCACCGAGUGUUAACGGGUAAUGCGUGUCUGAUAUUCCGUGUUCUAUAAAACCAGACAUAAACACUACAGGUGGCAACCCUACUUGUACUGUACAUUUCUUUUUUUCUCUUAGGGAGCACACUCCAAAUAUAAUAGUUUAGCUCUUACUGCUGUUGCAUUGCAAGAUCACAUCUCAAGGAGUCUACAAAUCCAGAAUCUCUCACUUUCUGCUCCUCUAAAGAAAGGACACAGGAACCGAAUGCACAACUGUAAAUCUGUUGAUAAAAGUGCAAUACACCCAUUGGUGGACACUGGCUUAUAAAACAGAUUGCUCCUGAAGAAGAGGUGCAGUGGAAGAGAGGAGAAGGAGUAUGUGCUUGAUCCUAGUCCUCCAGCAAUGACAUUAGCUCAGAAAAUGGGUCUGGUUGAGGCUCCUGCGAUGCCUCCCACUGCAAAUGAUUGGGUUAAAGUAAAGGAGAGGUCUGUGCAGCAAGGAGAGUCGUCACAGCCUUGUGUGAUUUGCAAAGAAGAAUUUGGGCUUCAGCAGCAGGUAUUGCUGUCCUGUUCACAUGUUUUUUACAGAGUUUGUUUACAGGCAUUUGAGAGGUUUUCAGGGAAGAAGACAUGCCCCCUGUGUCGGAAAGAGCUGUAUGAGACGAGAGACAUACAUGAUGGGGCGCGGCUGUACAAAACCAAGUGUGCAACUAGAAUUCAAGCAUGCUGGCGUGCAUAUAUUGUACGUAAAUGGUAUUCACACUUGAGAAAAACAGUACCACCGAAAGAUACAAAAUUAAGAAGAAACUUCUUUGAACAAAAACUUCAGGAAAUGAACGAUAGCUUUUUAAAGUCGUGUGAUACCAACAUUGAUGAGUUCUUCUCUGAAAUAGACGACUCUGUGGCAUCAAGUAAAGGUGUUUUGCACCAGUUUGAGAAAGAGUGUGGGUCGGAAAUCUCUGAGGAAACAUGGGAGGAAAUACAGCUAAAGGCUGUAUUGCGGGAGACCAGUGAUUGCCCGAUUUGUAUUACCCCACUGUGUCACAUCAGCAGCAUCUUACACCCAACUACAUCUGGUGAUAAUGAUACACACCUUUCUUUGCGACAGACUGUGCUUUUAUCUUGCUCACACAUUUUCCACCACAACUGUCUAAAGGCCUUUGAAGACUUCUGUGUAGACGAGAGGCAUAUCUGCCCUUUAUGCAGGUCUUCGUACCAGAAAAGGAUUCUCUGAAAGUAGGAACUACUGCUUUAUAAACAAGGUAUUCCUAAAGCAAACACACAAUAUGUAGCUGGGUGUGCAAUAAUUGCCCAACAGUUACAUUAACAUUGUUAGAGGCAUCUUUUUUUUUUUUUUUUUUUUUUUUUUUUUAAGGGAGAUCAUAUAAUACACCUUCAAAUUGAUUGUAAAAAUAACACUCCUUUGGUUUGAUCACUGGUUAGUUAUUAAGGAAUUCCAGGCGAUGUCUCCAGUUGCACAUAGUGUACACAGCCAGUCUAACAAUAACUUUCACUCUGUUUUGUAAAGUAGGCCUCGAGGCUGUUGUGGCUAUAGGGGUGACCGCUUUGUUAGCAUAUUCCUCUCAACUGAUAUGAUCACUGGCACUUAACAGAUUAUUCUAACAGACACAUUCUUGCAAUUGGUAACAGCUUUUCCUUUCAGUCACUGUGACUUUGUGAGAUGCCAGCCCCUUGAGGUUACCACAGCUGUCUCCAUGCACAGGAUUGCAGGGAUACUGCAAACACUCAUUCAGUGUUUACUGAUCUGUAAAUCUCAUACAUUUGUGUUUGUGUGUGUUGGGAGGAGUAAGGGGCACUUAAAUCGACACAUUGCUAAUUAAAGAAAGCUCAAAUACAAGAUUUAAGGCAAAUAAAAAAGUGUGAUUUUAGUAAUCCAUGUUCUGUGAUCUAUAUAGUGUUUAUUUCCCUUAUGAAGAUGGCUGUAAACAACCCACAUGCCCCAUGAAUGGAUUAUCUGACAGAUCAUCUAGUAUCCAUGUUCUAGGUAUCUUUUAGCAUACUUGGUAUAAUCAAAAGAACACAACAUUCACCAUUCAUCAAAUGUAUUGUAAACUGAAAAAGUACACAAUGUAAAUUCAUACAAUUUUUGCAACAUUUUUACACAACUGUUCUACAAACAAGAGUAUAAAAAAACACAUUCACAUUUACAAGUGACAUGCAGAAACAUCAACAGCGGCAUAACUAACAGGCUGUUCCCUCGACCUCGGGUAUUAAACUGUAAAAUACUGUAAGGCAACCAAAACUUUUCAUGAGCUCAAAACACUCCCUGUGCAUCCACUGCAAGCGUGAAUAGAAAACAGAUUUAUUACAUUUUAUGUUCAACUUAUUUGCUUACUCUAAAGUGAAAAAAAAUAGAAAGCAUGCUACUUUAAAAUGACAAAAAACAUAAAAAGUAAUACGCUGUGAAUUUAUGUUCCCUUUGGUUUAGGGUCAUUAGUUAUUCAAUCUGUAAAAAAAUAAAAAAGCCAGUGUUGUAACUAAAGUGCUCAUUUUGCAAGAGUGACACACAACAAGUACUAACAAUGUUCACUGUGGAUGUUUUCAACAAAGGCAAAUUCAAUGUAUUAUGGUUGAGACAACACUGAGUCAUGAUGUACAAAAAAAUGAAUAACUUCUAGUAACUAUAAAAUAAAAUAAAAAGAAUACGUUUGGGUGGCAAAAAAGUGUGAACUCUGCAUUCAACAAAUAUUGUGUCUGGUCAGUUGAGAUCCUGGGUUCCUCCUACAGUAAAGUGUGGUUUCACUUCUAUGUAACUAGCGUAGGCAAUGGAAUGUAUCUGUUUUGGUCAGUGCUACUUUGUCACAGUAUUGUUCAGCCACAUAACUGAACCAUGAGGUUUGUUGUUUGGCAUUUUUAGAAGUCAAAGUUAUUUGCAUCCACAACCUGCACUGCUGGAAAUGUUUUUUACAAAUAUAAAAGUGUACAGAGCAUGACACUAAAUCAUUCUUCUACUGCUAAAAACUAAAUGGUGAACAUAUUCAAAACGCAGAAUAGUAAAUAUUAUACAUACAUCAUGUACAGGUGUACAACAAUACGCUAUACAUAUUGUGAAUCCCUGAAAUAAGGACCAGUGAAUGAUACAUGUUUAAAUGUGUGCUCUAAAGUACUUCAUUAUUUGGGGUUUACUACCCUCCCUCCCCAAUUUUAGAAUGGUAAAGCUGUUUCUCAAAAAAUGUGUUCCUUGUAAGAAUUAAAGUAUCUGAGUAAAAAACUAGUCAUAGAGCCUUCAUUUUACUGUACAAUUCACAUUCCAAUUCAAUGCACACAGUCUGAAGUGUAUAUAAAGCUUGGUCAUGUACAGGACUGCAUGUCUAACUUCUACUAGCUUCUGUAAGGAAAGCUGGCUUUGUAUGUAGAGCAGGGGCUUGUCCCUUGUAUUGCCAUUCAAAUGAAAACAACAUGGCGUGUGUCCUUAUCGACAGAUCCAUGAGUGCUGUAAAGCUAAAUUACCUGAAUUCCAGCUGUUGAAUUGUGUCAAACAAUGACUACCGAAAUGCCACUUUUAAAUGAACAUUGAAAUAAGAACUGUGAGAUAGUAUGCAAAACGCAUGACCCCCCCCCAACCCACCUUUUUUAGGCAAAGCCAGCUGAAUCUGUUUUAAGACAUCUUUUUUUUCAUAUGAGGGUAUUAAUCAACUACUGUAAAUUGCUGAUGAAUAGUAACUAGAAGCGUUCAGUGAAUCUGUCAUUAAACACACACAAAGGAAAAACCUUACAACAAACUAAGAUGUUGGCGAUGUCCUCUUCAUAAGACAUAUUGAGGUGUCUGAUUUGAAACUCAAAAAGAACAGCAAUCUACUGCCAUAACUGUGAAAAAAAACAUGUAAUCAACCAAAUCGGUAGACACUGAUAACAAAAUACAGACAAUCAAGGUAGGAAAAAAACAAACAAACUGAAUCACAGUGUACAGAUAAACACACUAGCAAAGCAUACUGUUAUUUACACAUUUAAACGUGAAAUGAUGUUACCUGGACAGUUAAUCCAGAGGUCCCUCGCUUAGUCUGAGGUCCCUAGCUUAAUCUAUAAUCCGUUCGAACAACUUCUGAUGAGGAUAUGAAUAAUCUUCAUGAAAUCGUAUAAUAAAUGCAACUAUUGAAUGUGUGAAACACCAAACCCCUGGUUUCACCACGACUAGCAAUCAGGAUUUUCAAACGCAUGUUGUCACACACUAGCGUUGUUGAACCCACUGGCCGCAGAAGAUCUUUACUGUACUAUAUCAUGCCACAACAAGCUAAAGUGCACCAACAGAAUAUAAACCCAUCCUUUACAACUCAAAAUCUGAUCAAUAAAAAAGCAAUUCACCAACUAUAUAUGUAACUGUUAAUCCAAAAAAAUAAUACUGCUUAGUUCUAAUGUAAUAUUAAUAUUGCUCAGAGCAGGAACCAGUACAUUAGAAAUGUACCAGCGAUGAGAUAUAUAA